CCCUUUCUAGCACGUGCAAGGCACGUCCCCCUGUUUCUCUCUUCCCCUCCUUUCUACUUGUUUAUGGGCUGCUGCUAGCUACAUGCCCCAAACAGAGCAAAGAAAAUUUCAGAAAGCUCUGUUUUAUUCUCUCGCAGAUUCAAAUCUAACCCCAUGGCCGACGAACCUUCACUCACUCGAUGGUCGUUUGCGGAUUUCAAGAUGUUUUAUGAUGCCAAGUUCGGUAGAAAGAGGUUGCCGGAGUCAGCGAAUGGUCCAACAGCUGAUAAGCCUUCCAGUAAUGUGAAUUCUGCAGCUGUGACGUCAAAUGGAAACAUUCAUGUGAAUAACACAUCUGACAUGGCCAUAUUUGAAAUGUUCCGGGGCCAGGCGCUGAGCUCGACACAUACAAAUGGAAUUUUGUCUUAUCAAACUGAUGAGAGACCGCAGAAGUCUCUUCUCCCUCCAUUUGAGUCUGCAGAAAUGCGUACCCUGGCAGAAAGUUUAAGUAGAGACAUCAUCCGUGGGAGUCCAGAUGUUAGCUGGGAAAGCAUCAAGGGGUUAGAGAAUGCCAAACAAUUACUUAAGGAGGCAGUUGUUAUGCCAAUAAAAUAUCCCAAGUACAUUACUGGCCUUCUAUCACCAUGGAAAGGUAUUCUUCUUUUUGGCCCUCCAGGGACAGGAAAGGUUUACAAUGCUUGCAAGGCUGUUGCAACAGAGUGCAACAACACUUUUUUCAAUAUUUCAGCAUCUUCUGUUGUCAGCAAAUGGCGUGGUGACUCAGAGAAGUUAGUUAAGGUGUUAUUCGAUCUUGUGAGGCACCAUGCACCAUCAACUAUAUUUCUUGAUGAAAUAGAUGCUAUUAUUAGUCAUCGUGGUGAAGGACGUAGUGAGCAUGAGGCAAGUAGGCGUUUGAAGACUGAACUGCUCAUACAGAUGGAUGGUUUAACCCAGACAGAUGAACUUGUUUUUGUUUUGGUGGCAACAAAUCUUCCCUGGGAACUAGAUGCAUCGAUGCUCCGGCAUCUUGAGAAGCGAAUCCUAGUGCCUCUUCCAGAGCCAGAAGCAAGAAGAGCCAUGUUUGAUGAACUCCUGCCAUCAGAGCCGGACAGGGAGAAAUUUCCUCAUGAUUUGUUAGUUGAAAAGACAGAAGGUUAUUCAGGUUCAGAUAUUCGGUUACUGUGCAAAGAGGCCGCAAUGCAGCCCCUUAGACGUUUAAUGGCACUCCUUGAAGAGAGACAGGAAUUGGUUCCUGAGGAUGAGUUGCCUAAAGUGGGACCAAUCAGACAUGAAGACAUAGAGACAGCUUUAAAGAACACCAGACCAUCUGCUCAUCUGCAUGCUCAUCGUUACGAAAAGUUUAAUGCCGAUUAUGGUAGUCAAAUUCUCCAAUGAAGGCCCCAUAGCCUUUCUCCUUCAACCGUGAAAUGUGUAUGUCCAAGUUUAUUUCUUUCAUCAGAUGUUAUCAUUUCAUAAACAACCUCAAUUUUCAAGCAGUGUGUUGUUUAUAGUUGCCAGAGUAGAACUCAGCCGUUUCAAGCACAUUAAAUAUGCACAUACCUCAAUUCUCUGCA